AUGAAAUCAAACUUAGAUACAAUUCAAGACAUUACAACAAUUAAAGGCAAAAUUAUACUUGAUGUUCGUGGUGUAAAAUACACGACAAGUGUUCAUACAUUAACACGUAAGAAAGAUACUUUCUUCACUGCACUCUUCUCAGGACGAUGGGAACUUGAACGAGAUUCAAGUGAUAAUAGUAUCUUCAUUGGUCGUGAUGGACAUUUAUUUAAAUAUAUUCUAUCAUAUUUAAGAACAGAUAAAAUACACAAUAAUGUUAUGACUGAUGAAACACUUCGUCGACGUCUUAUUAUAGAAGCAGACUACUUUUGUUUACAUAAUCUGGUUUUCAUAUUAACAGAACCCGAUCGAAAACGUCAAGAAAAAGAGCGCUUGGCUAUUGAGAAAAGAUUUCCAAAUGGAACAUUACUUCGGCUAGAGCAUAAAGUGAAACUUAAUGAGUUUUAUGGUAAAAUUAAUCAAAAAUGGAAACUAAUAUACAAAGCAACACGUGAUGGAUUUGGUGCUAGUGCAUUUCAUUCAUGUUGUAAUUACAGAGGACCAACAAUGACUAUUAUUCAAUCAAACAAUAACUAUAUAUUUGGAGGUUAUACAAGUAUUUCAUGGACUUCAUCUGGAUGGUAUCGGGAAGAUCAAGCAGCAUUUUUGUUCACAUUAACAAAUCCUCACAAUAUUCCACCUACAAAAUAUAAUAUCAAGCCUGCUCGUGCAGCAUGUGCCGUUUGUCAUGCCAAUACAAUGGGACCUACAUUCGGCUACGGUCCCGACAUGUUUGUAUAUGAUUACAUCAUUGCAAAUAAACCAUUAAAUAUUAUAUCAUCAGAUGAAGAUGCUCAACAUGAACGUAAACUUCAUGGUCUUGCUGAUUGUGUUAAAAAUCCUAAUCGAUUAAUUGUUUUUCAUCGAACAUUAAGAGAAUGA